CCACCAGUCUUGACUAUGCUUGUUUAUCAACCAAACAGCUUCACAUAAUCGAUGUGAUUUGCUUCAAGGAAGGUGCAUGCUUUGUGUUUGAGCUUCACUGAUCGCGUUGAUGGUAAAGUUUUGAGCUUUGAGUUCAUUUCCAUUAGCUGAGUGGGUAAGCUAAAAUUUGAGUUACAAAUGGAACUAUGUGUCUCCUUGAUUUUGUUUCUGGUUUCUCUGCCUGCAUUUUUGGCCAAAGAAGUCGGACAUGCUAGCAUUGUAGUUGAUGGGACAGUUUCUAUUGCACAUGUUGAUAACAAUUUUGUGUGUGCCACUCUUGAUUGGUGGAAUCAUGAAAAGUGUGACUACAACCACUGUCCAUGGGGAUCUGCCUCUGUGUUGAAUUUGAACUUGUCUCAUCCUUUACUUGCCAAGUCAAUUCAAGCUUUCAACCAGUUGAGAAUCAGAAUUGGGGGUUCUUUGCAAGACCAAGUAUUGUAUGAUGUAGGAGAUUUGAAAUCUCCUUGUCAUCCUUUUAGAAAGCAGAAGGGCGGGUUGUUUGGAUUUUCUACAGGAUGUCUACCUAUGAGUAGAUGGGAUGAGCUUAACCAUUUUUUCAGCAAGACGAGGUCCCUUGUGACAUUCAGCUUGAAUGCACUGUCAGGGAGGCACCACAAAGGCGGAAGUGUUUGGGUUGGAGAUUGGGACUCUAGCAACGCUUAUGAUUUUAUUAAGUAUACUGUUUCAAAGGGCUACUGGAUAAAUUCAUGGGAGUUGGGUAAUGAGCUCUGUGGUAACGGUGUUGGAGCUAGUGUUGGAGCUGAACAAUAUGGAAAAGACAUGAUCAAGCUUAAACACAUAGUCAACCAGUUGUACAAUAGCUCCCAUAUAAAGCCUGUAAUUUUAGGACCUGGAGGAUUCUAUGAUCAAAAGUGGUUUGCCACGCUUCUACAGGUUUCUGGUUCAGACGUAGUUGAUGUUGUCACUCAACAUCUUUAUAAUCUGGGUCCAGGUGUUGAUCCCAAAUUGAUGCAAAAGAUUUUGGAUCCAAUUUACUUGGAGCAAAUAUCUGGUACAUUUGUUAAUCUUGCAGCAACAGUGAAACAGCAUGGACCUUGGGCUUCUAUAUGGGUUGGAGAGUCUGGAGGAGCCUAUAACAGCGGUGGUUUUAAUGUGUCCAACACAUUUGUGAACAGCUUUUGGUACUUGGAUCAGCUCGGGAUGUCAGCCACGCACAAUACUGCAGUAUAUUGCAGGCAGUCCCUAGUUGGUGGGCACUACGGUCUCCUCAACAGAACUUCAUUUGUUCCCAACCCUGAUUACUACAGUGCACUUCUGUGGCAUCGACUUAUGGGACAUGGUGUUCUCCCGGUUGAUCGCAAUGGAGCACCUCACUUGCGUGCUUAUGCUCAUUGUUCAAAAGGAAGCGGCGGAAUAACCCUACUCCUCAUUAAUUUAAGCAAUCAGACUGAUUUCACUGUCGAUCUUAAAACUUAUCUGGAGUUGGAUACAGCUGCUCAAUCAAGAAAGACUGGCAAAGGAAGUAGAUUCAUUCAUGGUCUUAAGAGGACGGUUUCAUGGGUUGGUCUCAAAGCAUCAGAUGGUCAAUUACACAGAAAAGAAUACCACCUAACUCCCAAAGACGGGGACCUUAGAAGCAAAAUCAUGGUCCUCAACGGGGUUCCAUUGGAAAUUACCAAGGACGGAAACAUCCCAGAAUUAGAACCUGCUCUUGUUCCCAUGAGUUCUCCUAUAUCUAUCACCUCUUUGUCUAUCAAAUUCAUUGUGUUCACUCACUUUGAGGCUCCAGCUUGUGUAUGAUUUAUCUUCUCAACCCUAAAGCUCCUAUAGUAGUUGCUCAUAGAAUGCAUGGGCAAAUGGCAAUUGUAAAUUGUCUAGUAAACUGUUAAUUCAAAAGAAUAAAGUAUAUAACAUAUUCAUGCACACAUUCCUUAACAGUUUUUAAGUUUUGUAGCGCCUUUGGCCAUCUAUAAUAUUUUACGUAUAUCCUGUGUGA